AUGACAGCCUCUGCAAUACUUACAAGUCUCCCGCAGGAUGCCAGCUCCGCGCUUGCUACCGCCGGUGAUUUUGAGCAAGAGAAAGUCGUCGUACGUUUCAAGGCUGUCGGCUCCGCCCCUCAACUGCAGCGAGAGGUCCGCAAGAUUAGUGCCACGCAGAAGUUCGAGGCUGUGGUCUCACAUCUGCGCAAGGCCUUAAAGGUCGCGCCUUCCGACGGCUUGUUCCUCUACGUGAACAGCGCAUUCGCGCCGGCGUUGGACGAGGUUGUAGGGAACUUGCAUAGAUGCUUUAAAGACUCAAGUGACCAACUGAUUGUGGCUUAUUCUAUGACGCCCGCUUUCGGAUGA